AGCCUGCAGAAAGACAGAAAGGGCAUUUGGAAAGUUGCCAGGAUCAGGAAGCAGCCCUCUGUCUGGAGAGGCUUUUGGCCACUUAAAAAUGUUUUAAGUUCCCUCUGCAGCUGUAUCCCAACACUGACAACACAACACCGACCAGAGUGCCUUCAGACAUUCAAAAAUCAUAUGUGAGUGUGCUUUGCUGGGAGUGAUUUGAUGGAGAAACUGGCAGGCUCAGUAACCCAGUGUCCUGUGCUGACACUGCCCAUUUCCUUCUGCAACUCCCCUAUCUGGAGUCUUGUGGACAAGAUGAGGCUGCCUGGGUAAAAAGUCUCCCAGAUGCAGGCUAUACCCUUGAAUGUCCCCUUUGAGCCCCAAGGUAGAGAUGGAAUCUUCAGCAGAGCAAAUAAUGAGGAAAAAGUAGAUGAAGACAGACUGAGAGUUACAUAUCUCUGUCCUGGAGAGGAGGACUUCGGAUGGAACAGGAGAACAGCUAUCAUAUAGGCAUAUAAAUGACAGAAAUAAUUUAGAUACUGACAAUGGCAAGAUUAAGAAUGCUAUCUGGCAGAUAGGGGCUGGAGAGGCUAAAAUGAUGUUGAGAAUUGUCUUAGCAGUGAGCACAGUCCUGAGUCAGGCUACUGAGCUUUGGGAUAAGAAGUGAGGAAAGAGUUCACUGUUUCUGUCUCUAGUCUGACUUAGAUAACUCCAGGGUAUUAGAGUUUUCCUAUGGAUUCUGUUUGUGCCUUCCUAAGGUUCUGUUGCUUAAACUUGAAUUUCUAGUUUUGUCAUCUUGUAACUGGGAACCACUAGGUGUUGCCUAGGUGUUCCCUAGGCUAAGACUGAGAGCUCCCAACCUCUGAGAGUAUACAUGGAAGUACUUUCAGUUCCCAUGUCUUCAGUGACUCAAACUGUCUUGGUGAGCCACAGAAUAGCAUGGGCAUCUCUCACUAUAGACAAGCCCAAAAUUUAGUAUUAGGAUCUUGGCCUAUGCAUGGGAAGAUGGUAAAGAACAUAUAGUACUGUGCUGUCAUGCCCUCAGAAUCGAGAGAUGCAGGAAUGCCCCUGUAGAGUAGGCAAGUGGUCAAUAUCCAUCCUCUAACAGUGGCUGUCAUCAGCGUGUCACAAGGAGAUUCAUGAAACAGGCAGAUGUGCCCCAUCACUAAGGUCUUCCCCUAAACUUUUGUAGUUGGAGGACAGUGAUGUGGACAGCUGUACCUAGUGCCACUUUGAGCUUUUGACUAGUGGUUUUUGACAGUACAGGGAACGACAGCUCUUCAUGCUUGGGGGUGAAUAUGUACAUCAGAGUUGUUCCAUUUGUCUCUCAGAGGCAGAGAUGGGACUUCUUGGUGAAGUUCCAUAGGCCAGGAAUAAUUUAUGUUUAGAGAAAAAAUAUCACUGAAUGAUCUAGAGUAAAUAUUAUUCAUGCAGUCUGAAUUAAAGGAUAAGUGUAUUCUAAACAUUGUCUUUCUCACCAGGUCUGGACGGAACUACUGUCGCACCUCAUUGAACCUCAGAACUUAAUGUUUCAUUAAAUUACCUAAAUUUAGAAAGAAUCACAAAACUCAGCAAUAUCUGCAGCAGGUAAUCUUCAGUCUCCAAAUUAUGCAUCUUUGCCUUUCAUGCAGAGGAAAGGACACAUUCCUUCAGAUUCUCAGCAGUGUCGUGGUACAUGUAUAGUGGCUCUUCUUUCUGCUUCAUUUCAUCAUAGCCAUGCUGGGAGGCAUAGACAGAACUUAGUUAGUGCCUUGUAUUAUUAUCAUUCAUAAGCUAGUGUGGCUGCACUAUAGGAUUGCAGCUAGGAGUUUAUUUCUGUAAGGGACUAUGAUUAUGGGUAGUCUCUGUCACAUUAGCAGAGUAUUGUCAAAGUAUUUGCAGAUUCAGAGAAAAUACAGAAAGAAGGAAUGCUGAAAAUUCACCUAAUCCAGCCAAAAUAUAUGAUUCCUUCCAAAUGCUUACCUAACUUGGUCUUUCUAAACAAAUUAUUUGUAGACUUCACUACAUAUACAGCUAAAAAGUUCUUUGAACUUUCUAAAUCUUCAUUAAUACAGUUUAAGGCUACAAUUUCUCCUACUUUCCAAAGACCCUGCCUCUUCAAAGCAGCCUGCUAUGAAUUUGAAGAUUGCCAUCAUCUCUUCCAGUCUUCUUUUUCUCUAGACUAAACAAACCUGGUUACAGCCUUUUCCAUGCAGGCCAGGUUUUCUAAAUCUCUGAUCAUUCUUGCUUAACUUCCUGUGGCCUUCCGGCUUGUCUGCUUUUCUUCUUGAACCUCAGUGUCCAGUGAGGAACAAGAGCCAAAAAGUCCACCACAGACCUUAUUAACACUAAGGAGAGGACAAGGAUUAGUUCUUGUGCCUUACAGGCUGUUCUCUUGUUUGUACAGCCCAGUACAUUGUUUGCCUUUUCACAACAGCUUGGCAUGUGGAUUGGUGUUCAACUUGCGAACCACUGUUUCAUCAUAUAUCUAUUUCUGUAGAGCUGCUACCUACCUGGUUCUUCUCCAGACCCAUGAUUGUGAAGCUGAAUACUCAGGCUCAGAUGUACUGGAGGGAAUAUGCUAAGGGAGCUUUAGCCCAUCUCCUUUAUCACUUCCAAGUGCACCAUGCUUGUGGUAUGUUCUGAGCUGAGGCAAUGUGGCUCUGCAAGUCUCUCACCUUCCGUUUAGUUGUAGAGUUGCAUUUGUUUGUGUUAUUCCUACCUGAUGGCUAAGUGUGGUGCUGGGGUGGCUCUGCUUCCUUUCUUCCAGACAUUUUCUUCAAUUUGUCAAGGUCAUUUUGUAUCCUCUGCCCAUCCUAAAAUGUCCAUUCAAUUGCUUCCAGCUUAAGUAACCUGUAAAUUUAUAAGCAAAGUUUCUGCUACAGUAAAGCCUGUGUUGAUGGGUGACCAUCCCCUGGAAAAGAGGAAAAUCUACCUUACUGGAAAUUAUCUCCGAUGUUAUUGAAAAUUAGAAGAGUGGGAAUUGGAAACUGAAAAGGAUUAACCUAACCAGUGUAUUGUCUACUGAGUCCCCUUCUGUUUGCUGAUGCUGGAACAGUUGCCUUUUUCAGUGUGGCUUAAAGAAAUCUUGUCACUUUAAAGUACUAGGGACUGAAACUGAAUGGGAUUGGAAAAUGAGAGACCAUGAGUGACACAGAGUAGAAAGCUACUUGGGUUAAAAAGAGCUGUGUAAAUACAUCCAAGAUCUUUUGCAACUAUUAACUGUAAUAAAAAGUAGGAUUCCUUUCCCUUGUGUUCCUUUUCUAAAAGGAUUACAGGUAGUGACAUUGGCAGGAAAUGUUUGAUGAACCGGAAAUUUUAAAUCAAGGAGGAGUUCCAGAUGGAAAAUCUGAGUAUUUGUGUUGGAAACCUGGGUUGUAGGGCUGAUCUAGUAUAUUACAGCAUAUGGACUACAAAUAGCUCUUCCACACCAAACAAGUAAGAUGUAAUCUCACACGCUAAGUGCAAAAUCCUUUUUUCUUUUGUCUUCAAGCCCAAAUUCAUGCGUCAAAACCAUUUGGUGAAUUUCAAACAGCAAAUACACUUGAGAGAAUUCAACUCAAACAAACAACCCAUCAGUGGAGAAAUAGGUUAAAUUUGUCAGAUAGAAUAUUUGCUAAAUAUUCCUCACUUUGCUUUACAGGGGACUGGAAAGGACAAGCCAAAACAGCUGUUCCUAGUCUUUGCACAAAAGAUGUUUCCUUGAAGAAGGCAUUAGGAGUCUCUUAUUCUGGAAUAGAAAAGACAAGCAGAAGGGAAAAUUUACUGAUGUUGAGCUCUGGCAAUGGUGAUGGGAAGCAAAAGGAUAUGGUGGUAAACAGAGGGACUGGAUGAGGAUAGGCAGGGAGAAUAAGAGCAACAGAUAGGAGUGGGAGACACUAGAGGAGUGGGGAGCUGGGGGAGGAGCUGAGGGAGUGAGCCAGGAGAAGACAGCGUGACUGUGUCUGAUCUACACUGAUGACUACCAAUGUUAACUGUCACCUCUCAUCUCCAAACUAAAUCACGCCUGGAAUUGGAGGCAGCAAGGAGCUGAUAGAGUCAGCCUUAGAGAGCCGACAAGUCAAUCAGAGCAGAGAUGCGUGGAGAGACACCAGCUUUGUAGGGCUCGGUGCCUUCAUUCAUCGUGGGAUUUACACCUGUCACACUCCUAGCGGGGGUAACAUGCUGGAACUUACUUUGGCACCACUUAAAAUGGGACAACAGACACAUUACUGCAAUCACCCUCUGCUCUCCUGUCCUCUGGAGGGUGUGUUUUAUAUUACAGCAGCUCAGCUGACUUUGCGAGUUGAAUUUGAAGCUGAACACGCCUCCUGCUUUGGGGUAAAGGACUGCCUGCGUUUCAGCACCUGGAGGGUUACUCCCCAUGCAACUGCAAUGCCCCAGACCAAAGUGGGAGGAAGGGCUAUGCAGGGCAGGGGGAGAUGAUGGGGUAACUGUUUGCUAAUCAAAAGGCUUCAGGAGCUAUGUAGGUUGUGCAAACCUAUCUCAUUAUCUGAGUCUGUCAUGAUAUUUAUUAGAAGAGGUCAGUGGAGGCCAGAACAAGAGAUCAGCCUCUGUGUCUUCUACCCAGCUCUUCUCAAAUACCUGCAGUGCUCCAUAAAGACUCUCUUCUCCUUUCAGAAGAGCGCCCAGAUCAGAACUCUUCCCUGCUGGCUAAAUCCUGGGUACCAAAGCUUGUGAUACAGGCUUUGAGCUGCCUGAUCUCUUAAUCCAGCUGUGUGUAUUCAUUUGAAACUGAAAGCAGCUCCUUUUUGUCGUCUGCUUCUCAGCAUUAACUUCUCUUUGAUGUAAUUCUUGCUUCCGAUGCUCUCUCCCUUCAUGGGGAAGAUUAGUGUGAAAUUGGCCUGCUUCUCCAGAGACUGCAGUGUUAAGCCUCCAACACUUGGUCUUUAUUGGAAAUCCUUAACCCACAUCGAGAAGAGGGGGAGGGAAGGAAAGGAAAAUGUAAGAGUUCCAGACUUGACUCAGCCAGGGCUCUGUUGCCUCCUUUCCCUUCAAUGUUUUGAGAGUGGGAAGCAUGGAUACUGAAGGAGGUAGGGGUGUGCUCUGAGUGAUGCAGGUAUUUUAAAGUAGAGACUAAGAUGCCAUCCUACUUCUAGGCAUAUAUCCUCUCAGGCUGAGAAGAGAGGACAGCAGUGCAGGGGUAGUCAAAGGGGGCUGUGAGCAUGCAAAUAGUACGCCCAGGCUGGUCAGAGUGAUGGGUUUUGGGAAUUAAGCCACAAAAUUGAUCACUGCUAAUCUGCUUUGAGGAAGUACAUUUGGAGAUGGAUUUCCUGUGCCCGUGUGGUGGGGUUGAAGAGCAAGAGGCAGAAGUUCCCUCUUCUUGGAAAGGAUGUGCCUGCAGGACUUCCUUUUACUUCAUUUGCAGUUUUUCCACAGUAGAAGACUGAUGGGCUCAGCAGGGAGAAACUUCAGUGAGCUCCAGUACUUCAGUUCCUGAGUAUCUAUGCUUUGGCAAGUUGCUUGUGACAGUCUAUCUUCCCCACAGUGCCAAGACAAUAUCCCUUGCUCUGCCUUUCACCCUGCUUUUUGCUUCUGCUUCCCCACCACAUGGCUGCUCUCUGCUUGUCUUCCAUCAUCCCACUGUUACAUGUACUUCUCUACUUCACCAGCCACUUCCACCAGCCCUUGGACCUGCUCCUGCUCCUUCCUCCUCCAUCAGCCUCUGCUGCCCCCACUGUUCUUCCUGAUGGCUCUUCCCUACUCCCCACACCGUCAAGUCCUGACGUUUGCCACACUACCGCCGCACCAUCCCCUCCUGCUUGGUCCUGCUCCAUUGCCCUCCCCACAAACACAUGGUGCUAUUAUCUAAGGAAGGGCCUUGAGCACCCCCUUGGUUUAGCCUUGUGCUUUCUCUUGCUUAGUAGCCCCCCUCCCUUACCCAGGUCUGCAAAUCACUCCUUCCUAUGUCAGCCAGCAAAUUGGUUUAUCCUCCCCCCAUCCCAGCUUUCAUUACCUUGCCGAAAUGAAGCGAUAUCUCCUCGGCGGAGGCUUCCCGUCGCUGCAGCCAGUACCCAAAUCAUGAGAGCUGGCAUAAUAAAUGAAGACAAAGUGCCGGCGGCCCGGGCCAUCUCUCCCACUGCGCCACUAGCCGCUGCCAGCUUCAUUAUUCGCUUAAGUUGCCGGAGAAAAUUACUUAACCCUGACCCGUGUAUUAGGGCCCUGUAUUAAUGCUGCGACAGGCGUCUCUUACAGCAAAGAACAAUUUAUUAGAGCCGAAACAGGCUGCUUUUCUCUGUCAUUUUUCCAAUCUGAGCUUUGAACACACAUCAUUAAACUUGUCUGACUCUCUCCCCUUCUCCAUCAUUCCUUUUUUAUUUUUUUAAACAGAAAGUGCUGUGGAGAAUAGAGAUUGUUCUGAACUCACUGAGAGCCUCGGACUUUGCCCCCUCCUUUCUCCCCCUAUGCUCUUUCCUCGAAACACAGUCCAUGUCUCCAUCUCUCUCUGUCUAAUUCACCCUUACUCUCCUCUUUUUGCAGUCACAUUUCUGUUUUUCAAACUCUUCCUCCUAAAAUUCUCUCAUAUUCUCUGCUUAUUUGCCUGUCCUUCUUUGUAUAGGUGUCACACUCUCUUUCGCUCCAUGAGUUUGGCUAAUCUUACUUCUUUGUCUGGGCCAAACUGGAGAAAAUAUGCUGGAAAGUACAUGUUCCCUAUGUCAGAACAGAGUCUAUCACACCUUGCCCUGCUCUGGGAUUUCCUGGGAGCACAGAACACAGAGUUGCCCUAUGAACAUAUUUUCAGCACUAUCAUCCUCAUCCCAUUCUCUUCAAGGGCUGCACCUAACCACUGUUGUGGCCUCUACAUCACCCAGCAGUGCCCAAGCAGUGUAAGCACCAGGAAGGGUUUCAGAGACUGGCUCUGUGUGUGUGAGGGAGCUUUCUUCUUACUUGCUGAAAUAUUUCCAAAUGCUUUGGUGGGGUUCAGUUACGCUCUCUUCUUUAAAACUGACUCCAGUCAUUAAGUUGACACUGCACAGCCUGGGAUGUGUUGAGCUGGAGGUUGACCAUGCCAUGUCUCCCCUUUUCUAUUUUCUGAUGGGCUGCAGAGAGAGAGUGAAAGAAAAGAGGAUGAGAAGCAGCUGUACAAGUUCUUCCUCAGACCUAAAUGCUGAAACCUUAUAAAGAUGGUGGCAGAAUACUGUCUAAGGAAGAAAAUAGCUAGUAGUAGAGGUGUUUGCAAAUGCUUGAUCAUUUUUGGUUUGAGAUGCAAGGUCUAGACUUCCCCACUUGAAGGUAAUCUGGGCUAUUUGAGUGCAAAACAGUAGCUCAGACUGGCUAUCCAAAGCUGAAGGCUGCCAGUUUACAGCAAUCUCAGUGGAGUCUCAGCUGUUUAAGGCUUGGAGAGAGGGCAUUUGUGUUCAACUGCCCAGGAUUGAGUGCUUAGUCCCUGGGUCAGACUGGCUAUUGUGCUAUUGUAGUUUGUCUCCAGAACCUCUCUAGCCGGAGGUCAGAUUAGCUGAGGGGCUGUCAUUAGGCCUAUGUUGGCUUUAUUAACAAUUUUAUUAAACCAGAGCUACCUAUUAAUCAAGAGGAAGAUUCCGUAUUAAUUAGUUGACUGGUGAUAUUAGAAAUUCAAGGCUAAGCCUUUAGCAUCUUUGGAAGAAGAUGGCAUGAGAAGAUAGCAUGCCCCAAAUUUCAACCUACAAGAUAUUUAUUGCAAACAUUCUUCUCCAUUUUCAUUUUGCUGCUGAUUUGCACAAGAAAACAGCAAGAAAUGGAUACUUUGUUAGAGAAAAGGCUAAAUAUACAGACUUUCACAAAUCAUUCUGGCUUCAAAGAUUUCUAACUGGUUCUGGACCUACUCUUAACUGUCUAUUAUGGCCCUGCUCUUUGCUAAUAAUUUUCUCAUGGGAAUAAGUGAAUGAAGAGAACUUCCUAAGGAUUGAAUGGAUCUUGGUGACCACUGUGCCCUCCAGCUAGCUUUACAAGAGACCAUAUAUUCCUGGACGUGUCCUCUAUUUGUCAGCAAUGAAACUUGGUGCUAAAUGGGAGGCCUUGCCUUGUGUGGAGGGUCUGCUUCUCUCUGCUUCUGUCUGGAUCUCCCUGAAGAACUGGAGAUUACUUGAGCUCAACACAUGGUCACGGGUAGAUGGGAUUAGGCUAAGAAGGGGUAGGAGAUCUGCCUGGUUUGGGAGUUGGGAGAGAUUGUCUGUGCUGCUGUAUGCAGAACUCCAUACACUGUGAAAGUGAGCACUUCUGUCAGCCUUCACGGUCUCCUGCAUGAUCUAGAUGAGAAAUAUUUCUGUUUUCACAUCAAUUUAUUUUGAGUAUCUUCCUGAACUGAAUUUCCUGAGCCUGUAGAGUGGGACAAUCUGCCCUUCAUCUUGAGCCUAGAGGAAAGGCUUUUCUCAAAGGAAGAGGAGAGUUCAGACCCUACAAUUUUUUUCAAUCUGCUGGUGCUCAGUCAACACUUUGACUUCUCUGCUGCUGCUUUUCUCUUCAAUAUGGACCUUGCCAGAGAACCCUUUCUCAUCUCAAAUCAGGAUUUUUGACAUUCUUAAGUACAUCAUUGGCAAUAGACUAACAACAAAAAAAUCAUAAUCAUUAAAGCAUUAACUAAUAUUAACUAUGGGACUAAUAGGUUAUAUUACUCUAAUUUAGUAGAAUAUUAUCUUCCUGUCCACUCCAAAUUUGUCUGGGAUGCCAAAUGUUUAUAUUAGAAAGAGAAUGAAAAUUAAAGUGAUGGGAUUUUUUUUCAUAGAACCAUUCACAUGCUAGGUGGGAGUUCAACAUUUUAUCCUAGUCCCAUCCCCUAGAGUUUAUGUGAGCAGGAUGAAUUUUCAAGGCUGCUUACCUUCACAAAGAGGGAGAAAGUUAUUUCUAGCAAUGUCAGGAAUCAAGGGGAUUCUGUAGCUAUUUGUCAGGGGAGUGAUUGUGAGCUGAAGGACAGCAAAUUCAUGAAGACAUAAACAUGGUACAUGAGAUGGCUUGGGGGCUGGUGGGCUGUGUCACAGCAGUGAUACCUGUGAAAUAGGCAAAAUAUCUCAGGAGACACACAUGGAUAGAAUGGUGGAUCAGAGUACAGUCUGAUGUAGUUUUCCUGCACUUGUACAUCAUUUCUGUAAGUGAGUCAGUCAGGGGUCCUAGGCCACUUGUUGAGGGAUCAGCUAAUGAGAGACACUCUGAAUAGCCAUGCAUGACCUCCUCAUGUAGCUGUGAGAGAGGCCAACAGUUGUGCACCUUCUUCUUUGGCCAUCAGGGAAGGGCCAGCUCCAGUAGGCUUUUGUUUAUGAGUGUGCAGGCUCUGCCACCACAUAAAGCAUCUCUCCAGCCACUAAAACUGAUGAUCAUUGGAACUUCUUAAUUGCUUUUUCCUCAGAUGUGGGUAGGGGGUCGGUCACUGGGACUGACAUGGAGAAGCAGGGUGGAGGAGAUGGCAGUGAGGGUGAGAGGGGAUGGUUGGCUGGUGCGGCUGCCCUUCUGCUGGGAGUCCCUCCCGAAUUCCCUGCCACUCUCCUGCUCAGCCUGAUAGCUCCUCCAAGUUCUCUAAUCACCUUCUUGCUGUAAUGAGCCUCUCAUCUCACUGAUGGAAAUCAGGGUAUUUGGUUAUGAAAGGGACACUGUUAAUAACACGAUCUCUCUCUUCCCCACUCCAUCCCCCACUCCCCUCGCCAGCCCCCCCUUCCAGCUCUCUACACAAUUCUCUCAAUUAACGAUAGGCAGAAAUUAAUUUUUCCCCUGGACUGAAACAAUUGCUUGGCGGAGGAUUGCCAGCUCGGCUCCAGAUAGGGACCUUUCCCAGCAGAGCCCAGAGAAAGGAGGAGAGACCGAGGCGAUAAGCAGGGCCCUAUCAGCAGCCACAGGACGCAGUAAUACAAAUGUUAUCCUUAGAAAUGUAUUUAAAGAGGAUAUGUUUAUAAUUCGAAGGGGACUGUCAGAACUGCUCCCCUCCCCCUCCCCACAGAUCCACGCUGCUGCCUUGUUCCUUACCAUGAAGUGCUCUCAACCCUUCAAAAGGGAGGCAAUGUCAGCACCAAAGGCUACCCUGGCCACAGCAUGAGGUAGGAGGAGGGUGUACCUGGGUCCCGUGCUGGGAAUGGCUGUGGAAAGCGACAGCACCCAGCAGGCAAAAGCCAGGAAAGGCAGCAAGCAGGAUCUGCUCAAGGGGCAGGGCUUGCAGCAGUUCUACUUGGGUCUUGAGCAACAAGAGGCAAGGAGCCGGCAAAUACACUGUGCUGAAAGAAAGCAGUGGUAGGAGGAAGGACCAAGUACGUGGAGAUAAGGGAGGAGAGCCAUAGCUGUAGGUUUGUCUGGAGGGCAGGGAGAGCUUAAGUGCAGCCUGAGGCAGGGAUCUGGUUGCUGUUGCAUGUGAUUCAGAAAAUGCUGUCCUCUUGGUUGCUUUCUAAAGCUACACAUUUAUGGAUCCCAUAUGCAUAAUAGCUCCAUGUUUAAAAAUAAGCCAUCUGGGCCACCCUAACCUACAGAUGCCAGUCAACAAGUGUGCUCCUGGCUGAAACACCCAGCCCAGUUCACAUACCCAGAGCACCUUCACCUCCCCUCAAAUAAGGAAAGGCCUUCUGGGAACCCCUGCCUGCCCACUUUAUGUAGACUUGUGGCAUGCCCUGCAGCUCUAUAUAAGAUCUGCUGCUCUUCUUCUUUGCACUAGUUGAUCUCACUGCAACAAACAGGCAGAUAAUCACAAGAUGGAGGGACAGUGGAAGAGGAACAAGAGAGUCCGUAGAGGACUUUCAGGAAGCAAAACCUGCAAUCAUUUUAACUGCAAAAGACAUAAUUCUAGCCUCCUUGAGGCUUCACCUGUCCUUGUGGGUGAUCCCUACACUUGGCUGUGCUGGCUUGCUUUGAGGCCUAUAGAUUUUGAAAGACCGCUUGUUCUUGCUGAGGGCAAGCUACCACUCAGUUCCUGCCCAACGUCAUUAACAUCCACAAUGUUCCAGCCCUCACCAGCAUCAGUGGUACCAUCCUGUAAUUCAUUUAGUGGUUCUUUAAUUCCUGCUUCACUUGCCCUCUGUUCAUCUUUUUAUUUAGUUCCUGCUUCCAAGUUACAGCAUUAACAUUCUUCUUGCUGUAUUUAAAUGUCUUUUCCAUGGAAGAAUCCAAGUAAAGCCAAUUUAAUUUUUAAAAUUUCUUUCUGGAGGAACUCUGCAUAUGUGACACCUUGUCUCUUGCCUGUCCCAGUAAUAAUCAUGUUUGUAUUAUGUUGCCUCACACCUCUAUUUAGUGUAUUCUUCACAGCAAUCAAGAGUUUGACUUGGCCAUAUCAGCAGGAGUGGCACCUUGUCACAAGUCUCAGCCAUGUAUCCCACACAUGAUCAUUGCUCAGCUGACUACUAGAGGUGUUGGAGUCCCUGUGAAUCCUCACUGAGGUAGGAUCUGCAUUGCUACUCAGUACUCAGCACACAAUACUGGCAGGAGGGUUCAUACCUACCAGGUUUCACAAACCUUCUGGUUCCACUCACUUCAACUCACUCAGUCUCUACCAUGCAGACUUUGUCCAUCCACUGCUGGAUGUGUGAAGGCAGGUACCAGUCCUGGAAGGCGCAGAGCAUCUAGUGGGGCAGUAAGGGUGGAGGAGAUGAUUUGGUAGACCCUGCUGGCCUGACAGUACAGGGGAGCAGUGUUAGACCAGAGAAUUUCUGAUUCAGUGAAUUUAACGAAAAGAUUCAUGUUUUAAAAUACAACAUCAAUUUCUUGCUGUUAAGCCUGAAAACCUCUUCCAUUUGCUGUGUACAAGUGAGGUCUUUUGGCCCCAUGAAGAGGUGCUGUGGGAAAACAAUAAAACCUAAAAUCCAGCCCACAUUUAAUAGGAGUAGCUUGACCCACUGUGAGAUUAAAAUACAACAUUUACAGAUAGGCCAGCCCCACUUUUGGUAUUACUUCAAGUUCAUAGCCUCUUCUUUCAGACAUUUCCCCACGGUGUAUUAGGGACACUGGAAAUUAAGCACAGGUCUGUCACAGAACGUUGAAAUACAGGUUAUCCCUAAUUAUUGGGACUAUAAGGAAUCCUCUAAGUCCAUAUUAAAUGAAUACCAAAGAUGCAAACAAUAGCAGCAGAUUGCUCAGAGGAACAAAAAUGUAGGCCUGAGUUUCACUGCACCCUCAAACACAGCUGAGAACCGGAGCAUAUUAGGCAAACACCACCUGAUGCUUGUAAAACAGUAACUAGAAAUAAACAGACCUGCUCUGUCCCACAGCCUUUAGCAAGAGUCCUGAUGUUGGGCCAAAAAAGGAGCUUUGACUGUAGAGAAAAAAGUACUUACUGCCAUGGUCUGUAAAAGAAUGCAAACAGGAUAUCUGCCCUGCAAAUGACACCAAAGAAGUGAAAACACCAAAUUUCAUUUUUUUUUCCUGUCUCUCUCCACUUCUGCCCUGACUCCCUCAGCAGUUUGGUUUCUCCACCCAUUCCCAGCACUGCCAGACAACUGCCUCAGAUCAGCACACAUCGAUAAUGGUGGUGUUGGGGUAAUGUCUGUCAAAGGAGCAUGUGGUGACUCAUUCUUCCAGGGCCAUGGGAGUCACUAAUUUGAACUGUUACUGGCUUCUUUGGCAACACCCAUGGAAUGACACCGGAAUGUUAAGCUAGGAUGGGACCCACUGUGUAAGGGAAGGACACAGAGCUGUCUCUGCAAUUGACUGAUUAACCUCAGCUCCUGCAUUGGAGUUCCUGGGUUCUCCGCAUGUCAUUUGUUCCCUUCCCUCAGCAUCUCUCACUGCUGCCAACCUGACAAUCCUCAGUGAGGUUGUGAAGCCACUUAUUCUGGUGACAGUGGCAUUCCCCCCUUUUUUCCUCAUAUUUGUUAAUAGUAAAAUAUUCUUAAUUGAUAGUGGUAUGCCCAGUUACUCAGAAAGGGCUACCACUAGAUCCACCGCUAAAGCUACCACUAGAUCAGUUGCAUGGCCUUUACUAACAGGGUUUCCCAUGAAGCCAGUGGUACAAAACACCAGGAAAAGAAGCUUGAGCUCUGUAAGCAUGUUUGGAUUGUGGCACUGUCCUCUCUCUGUUCUUGGGGCUGGUAUUCACUGAUCGUUACCUCACACACACAGCCAGAGCCUCCAUGAGAAGCUCCUCCCCUCCCUGCCCAUUUCACCCAGCUUUUGUCACUGGGCUGUCCAUUCUGAGCCCGCCUGCUGUCAGUCAUCUCACACAGAUGCCCACAGAUGUGUACUGGCACCUCCAGAUGGGAGCAAUCCAAGGCAGGGUGCAAUCGAAGGCAGACUGUACCAGCUGCCAGGGAGAGGAACCAGAGAGUGCCUUGUCAUCUGCAGAGCCUCCCAGAUGCCAUUUCUGUCCACAUUCAGGUGCUGUUUAAGCUUGGACAGUGUUGGGAGUUGGGAAACUGGGCUUUGAAGGUGUCUGAGGGAGCGUUCUUACAAAACAAGUAGAUACAGCCAGUUAGUCACACCAAGACACUAGUGAGUGUUUGGCAAAGACAUGCAGAGAAGGUCUCUCCCUCCGGCCCACAUAUACUUGUUUCUGGUAAGGGCUGGAUGUCUGAGACAAGGUACAUCUCACCACACCCACACAGCUUGACUAAACUGAGAGCCCAAGACUUUCCAACGGGCAACUCGCAACUUGACAGCCAAAGUCUUCAGAAACUCCUUCCGGGUGGUGGGGCAGGAGGGAAGCAUGGCAGUACAGCCUUGUCCACCGUGCACUUCUCCCUCCCUCCCUUUCAGCCCUGUCCUUUCUCAAUACCCAGGAAAGAUUAACUCCUCUUCGCACACCAGAGAAAGUUAUUAUCAUUAAUGAAGAAUUAAAAGGGAGUGAUUAAUAAGGGCCCUUAUCUGGCCAUGAGGAGGAGGCUGGACAAUGGGAGGAAGAUGGAGAAAAUGAAAAACAAUAAAUACGAAGCGUAAAAGGAGGCGAGCGCUGCUCCCACUUGUUAGAUCGCAGCUGCAUCUCCUGAGGGGGGAAGGCUCCAAAUUGCUAAUUACUGCCUCUGAAAAGACCUCGCUCUGAUAUGUUUUCUGCUGAAAGGUUCCCAUUAAUGAAGCAGCGAUGAUGCCGUUUCCCUUUGACUUGCCUUCAAUUCCCUCCCUGAGCUUCCUCCCAAGCCGGGAACAAUGAGGCCCUGGGAGCUGGCGGCUCCCACAGGCCUUUCGGAGACUAGGCCGGGGGCAGCCGAGUGAGGGGAGCCGAGCCGGCUGUGAAAUAUGGAGGGGGGAGAUAAGGCAAAGACAGAGGAAAGAGGCUCACUCCCAGGAGCCCAGGGAAAAUUUGCAGUUAUUAUGAAGGAGAUGAGACAGAUUAAAAGCCCUUGUGUUCUGCGCUGCCCUUUUAUUUAGUGGCUUCAUCUCUGAGAUGAAAGAAGUUGGAAAUGACUUUCUCCGCAUUUUGCUGCAAGAAGCUUCACGGCACAUUUUUUGACUUUAUUCCUCCCUUUGUCUCUUGUCCCCUUUCUGUCUCUCUUUUUCCUUUUAACCCCUGGAAGGUUUUGCUGAGAAGUGCCAUGGGACCAGGCAGAGCAGUUGCUGGGGUAGAGCAAUGACCCUGCUGCUCUCCCUGUCCUACUGGGCCAUACGGGUCCUGCUGCUCACCGGAGAGGGAGCUGGGUGAAGGCAUUGCCGGAUGAGCGGCCAGCAUCCAGCCGACCUUCCUCUCCUGCUUGCCUCCCAAACAUCCCUCACCACUAACACCUCCUCUCCUGUCUCCAGGCCCAGCAACAGUUCAGCACAGGUGACCAUAGCCUCUGGGCAGGAAAAAAAUCCCUGUCUUUACAAAGCCUAGUGACAGCUAACAAUCCAUCCAGGAUAAGAGUUCUGAACAUUUUGUAUCCCUGGAGCAUUUCACGAGCCAAACUAGUGCUGAGGAGAUGGGCCAGUUCCCAUUGUCCAUGCAGGCAACCUACAAGUACACAGGGAGUAAACAAUUUGCCCAGAACACGGGAUGAAGUUGAAUGCAGGCAAGGAUUCAAAAUUUACUGUUGCUGGCCCAUGUCAGGGAGAACCUUGUAAUACUGGACAGAAAUACCAUAAACCGAUCAAAACCAGAUUACCCCAACUGUCUCAUUAUGUUUCUUCAACUCCUAUUCCCAGUUUUCUGAUGUUUCCCCGUAUACAUCAGUGCUCCUCUGCUGCACCUUCUUAGUUUUUGGGACUUUUGUAAUUGUAAGAGCACUUUCAUCCUGUCUCUUGCUUUUGCCCUAUCUCUCUCCCAGAAAAUCAACCCUGUGCAUCAGUCUGUUGUCUUUACUCAGGCCAAAUGCUGACAUCUGCUGAAAUUUGGGUUGGAGUGUUGAAAAUGAGAAAAAAAAAACGGACAUGUGAAGUACAAUUCAUACCAGUUGCAGAACAGUUUGCUGACCUACAGAAACAGCAUAGAACUAGUUGGGAAAAUGAGGGGAAAAUUAGAGUGGGCAUCUGCUGCCAUCUCCCCAGGACAUCUGAACACAGGAUUUCUUGUACACAAUUGUUUGUGUGGUUUGUUAUCCUGCCUGGAACGGCAGCCAGGACCGAUUACUUGAAAUGAAGGGGUAAGCUCUGAAGUGGAUGUUUACAAAAUAACCUUCCCAUCAGGGGAGUUUCUUUCUAACCCAUACAUUUUGUAGCUGUUUUAUAUCCUGAAGCAUGAAAAAGGAUUGCAGCGGUGAAACAGGAUUAGAUUUUAGGAGGGAUUUGCUCUCAGAUCUGAGAGUAAAAAGAAAACCCCUGUAUUGGCAAUAGGAAACUGGUGAGGAAAACAAAAUACUGCCAGCAAGUAAGGUGAGUUACUGCCACAGAAAGGGUUAAAAAAGACAAAAGGACAGAAUUUUACAGGCAAAUUGGUGCACAGAAAAUAACUUUAAUCAAGUCAGCUCUUGGAAAUGGGAUAAAAAUUAUUUACCUAAUGACUAUUUUUCUUCUUUUAAUAUUUCCUUUCCAAGGAAAUUUGUCAGAUAAAUAAAAGGUAAUGAAAAUGUUAACGUGACAGCUCGGACGAACGUAGAGGACUGGUUAGAUAAACAGCAUGUAGAAAACUCAGUAAAGCUAAACGAAGCUUUUCCUAUUGGGGUGUAGGAAUCAAUGGCAAACUCAAGGAUUCGGCUAUUUUUGAAGUAUGUUGACAAACUUGGGAGAGCGCCAGAGGACUGAGGAAAAGCAAGUGCUUUGCCAGUAUUUUGCGGGGUGAGGUCGGGGGAGCAGGGAGGAAGCAGUGAUCUUGGCAAUUAUCACCCUUUCAGAAUUACUUGUGACCCUGGCAACACGAUGGAAUAAACAGAAGGGGGGGGGGGGAGAAAAAAUGCAAAGGAUAAGAGAUUUAUGAGCAAUAAGCAGCAGCAUACAUUUAUAGAGAACAAAUCACAUUGAGACAAAUCUGAUUACUUUCUCUUGAUUGGAUUUACAAAAUUAGUGAAUACUGCAAGCUAUGGACUUUGACAAAACUUUUGGUAUGCUGCCUCGUAAAACAUUACUUGAAAAAUGAAUCAGUAUCGGCUUGAAUGUGAGUGCAGCCACCUGAGUUGCAAUAACAAACACCCCCCUCAAACAAAAAAAAACAACAAACCAAACCCUCCAAAAAAUCCCCCCCGAAAACAAAACAAAACCGAAAACAAACAAAAAAACAAGAACGAAACCCUGUCCCUUCCCGGAAAAAAAAAAAAAAAAAAAAAAAACAAAACCAAAAAAACAAAACAAAAACCCCAAAAAACCAAAAACGAAAACCAAACCAAACCAAACCAAAAAAACCCCAAACAAACAAACAAAAAACCCCCAAAAAACAAACCCGAAGAAAUAUCAUGAAAAUUGAGAAAUAAAAAGAAAUGCUAAGCAGAACUGGAUGGUGGCAGGGUCGCACCGAGCUUUAUUCUGAUGGCUGCUAGUGAUAUGUAAAAUGGAAUUAGAGGAAAAGAGAUGCAAGGCUUAAGGAGAGGGAAGUAACACUGACAGGUUUAAUUCAGGAUACACACAAUUAGCCAGCAGCGAAAUGGAGGAGUUUGAGUACGGAGUUUAUUGUUUGUCUAUUAAAAAUAAAAUACAAUAACCAAGCAACUAGAGAGAAGGUAUAUGGGAAGGGCUGCCCCGUUAGCGGGUAAGGGAUCUGUAAUGUCUCCACCAGCGGCACCAACCACAGCGCAAACAGACAGAGACGCAACGGACACUGGCCACCCGCGCUCAGAAGCCGGCCGACCGCGGGGCGAGGGCUGCGCUGGCCUGGCAGGGCUCGCCGGGCUCGAUGCCGGCACUACCGCACCCGGCCCGCCGGCAGACCCGCCCCGCGGGCGGGGCGGGCGGAGGAAGUGGCCCGGGCAGGCCGGAAGCGGCGCUGACGAGGGGCUGGCGGAGCGGGGCGCUGGCCGGAUGUGUAAUAGAGCAUGCUGCUUCAACGCAAAAGAUGCAACCUUAAGGCCUUUUCAGACACAGAGCACUUGACUCACCUGCUGCAGUAUGGAGCUCUGUGCCACAAUGGCUAGAAGAGGGAUUUAACCCUUGCAAAAGGAAGAAGUGAGUGUUAGCCCAAGAAGUGGCAGUUGUCCUGCAUUGAGUCCUCCCAGGCAACUCUAAAGCAUUGCCAAUGGAUGAACUGGUGCAUGACUUGGCCUCAGCCUUAGAGCAGACUUCAGAACAAAACAAACUGGAUGAGCUAUGGGAAGAGAUGGCACUAAGCCCACGGCAGCAGCGGCGACAGCUCCGCAAGAGACGGGGUCGUAAGCGACGCUCAGACUUUGCGCAUCAGGCAGAGCACGCCUGCUGCUACAGUGAGGCCUCAGAGUCCAGCUUGGACGAAGCUAUCAAGGAUUGCCGUGAGGUGCUGACAGCUAAUUUCAGUGACUCUGAUGACAUGGCAGUGGUCAAACGACACCCAGCUCUUAGUGCCACCCUGAGGAGCAAGCAGCACCUGUGGCAUGAGUCAGACUCCUUUACAGAGAAUGCACCCUGUCGACCUCUCAGGCGCCGACGGAAAGUCAAACGUGUGACAUCAGAGGUGGCUGCCAGUCUCCAGCAAAAGCUCAGGGUGUCAGAGUGGAACUGUGAGAGGGGCUGCAGGUUCAAGUCAGCCAAGAAACAGCGCCUUUCACGCUGGAAAGAAAACGCCCCUUGGACAUCAUCCAGUCAUGGCCUUUGUGAAUCAGGAGAGAACAGGCCCUUCCUCAGCAAAGGGGGAAGGAAGGAGCGGAUGGAGUGUGAAGCUGAUGAUCAGAAACAGGGCUCAGAUGAAAACAUGUCAGAAUGUGAAACCAGCAGUGUGUGCAGCAGCAGUGAUACUGGCCUGUUUACCAAUGACGAGGGCCGACAAGGAGAUGAUGAGCAAAGUGAUUGGUUUUAUGAAGGAGAAUGUGUUCCAGGAUUCACUGUCCCCAACCUUCUUCCUAAGUGGGGAGCUGAUCACCGAUCUGAAGUGGAGAGGAUUGACUCAGGCCUGGACAAGCUCUCAGUUUCCACGUUCCUUUUGCCCUCACGACCAGCUCAGAGAGGAUUUCAUGCUCGCCUGAAUCGCCUCCCAGGAGCUGCUGCCCGUUGUCUCCGAAAAGGUCGGAGGAGGCUUGUUGGCAAGGAGACCUCCAUGAGCAACCUGGGCACCGAGAGGCUAGGUCAUAUUGUUAGUGAUCCGCGCCAGAAAGAAAAAAACACAGUGCUGGCUUCUGAUUUCCCACAUAUUGUGGCCUGUGCACAUGAGUUCAAUCCGUUAUCUCCUCUGUACUCUCUGGAUGUGCUUGCUGAUGCUUCCCACCGAAGAUGCUCACCAGCACGCUGCACUGCCAGGCAAACAAGUGUCCACCUGGGACCACCAUAUUCAAGGGACAUCAAGAGGAAACGAAAGCCAGCUGCAGCCUCCAUGUCUAGCCCAACAUCAGCAACUUUAUCUGUCCACAUGGAUGCAGCAGAAUCAGAGCUACCAGCAACACCAUCCUUGAGAUCCCAGAACUCUGAGUGGACUGGGAAAACACCAGCAACUGAGAAAUCUACUAUUGCUGCCUCCAGUAACUUUUUUAAAAUGCCACCAGAGAAGAGCCUUGGAUACAGCUAAAAGGACGCAUUGCAACUAUAAAAGCUUGCUCGGUUUUGGAAGUGUUUGGUUCUGGUGUGUAUCUGCACCAAACAUGUUGUUUGGUAGUAGUGGUAUCCUCAGUAUUGGUGUGUGAUGCGUGCCAUCAUCCAGACUGAUCUCUGUGCCCCACAUACCUAAGUCAUGUUUGUGACUCUAUGUUUAGGAAAAGGUAAUCAUUGUUGGGAUCGCAGCGGCUUUUAAAAAUAUUCUUGCUAUUGCUGUAUUUAUUAUUCAUUCAUCUCUUUCCCUGAUGCCAGCUUAUAUGUAAUAGGUCAUGUACAGAUUCUUUUGGGUUUUCAGAUCUUUAUUCACCCCCUGGACAUGAUGCUUGUUUGUGUGUUUGGCAUUUUUGGGGGUGCAAGUCCCACUGCCACUCAGGGAGGCAGAGUUCUCUCCCUGCUUUCUUCCAGGCCAGAGGGAUUUCUUGGCUGGGGAAUGAGGAGGAAAUGCAAACAGGUUGAAAUAUGGAACCUGAAUUCUAUGUUAGCAGAAGGUUUUCAGGCCAUGUGCUAAUGGACUCAAAUCAUGUUGCUUUUGGCAAAGGAAAUAUGGUGCUUGUCCACGUAGAAAUUGCCAUUGGCUCACUGGCAGUGUCAUCAUCCAUUAGACCUUUUCCUUCUCCCUUGUUCCGAAUGUCUUUAGUCUUGUGUAUUGCAUGUUCAUUCUUAAACCUCCUACUGGAUAAGGAUUUGGGAGAACUACUUUGGCAUAAAUAUGUAAGCUGGUGUCCUGGAAAGGAACCUGGGUCCCUCAAUGUCGUUGGAGUAUGGUAGAGGAUAUACAACACUUCCAUAUCUCAGUGUAUAAAUUAAAAAAAAUUCUAUUAGUGUUUCUAAAGGAUGCUUGCUGUUGAAGUUAACAUGCCAUUGAACAAAAAAGCCACCUAAAGUGUCACCUGAGUUCAGAGCAUUAUGGGUUUUGAUCAGACUCCUUCUGUCUCCUGCUUUCCCUCCCCUCACAAGUAUUGUCUGCUAUACCUACUGGGGGUGUCUCCACCUGCUGAUGAUUGCACAUUACACUGCAGUGAACACUAAAGAGAUUCUCUUCAUAGAACUUCCACUUGGUCUGCUGUUACCUUCUGUGUUGCGGAAUAUAUAUUGGACAGUGAUUUCUUCCCUCUCUUUCCUUAAAUAACUCUGGAGCUUAUCUUGGGCUGUGUUUUCAGAAUAUAUACCUGCAUAGCAUGCGUCAAGGAACAGGUGGCCUCACAGCUUCUUAAGUCCUGUAAAAAUGGGAUAUAUUUGUAUGAAUAGAACUCUUUGCUUUCUUCAUUGUGUGGAGCUUUCAGACAGGACCAUUUAAACUUUUAAAAUUAAUUUUGAUUGUGGAAGUGCAGCUAGCACCCUUAAGCAGACAACAAAAUUUGCAUGUUUUUAGUGGUUUUGCAGUGUUCUGCUCUGCCUUAUAAAUCAAAUAGCUGAGGGACAGAUUUGAUUGUGAGAAUAUGAAGCAGUGAUUUAUAUUUAACUCUGUAUUAAAAUGUUAAGUGGUCAUAACAUACACAAAACAGAAAUUGAAUGACUUGCUAAAUCACAAUUGACAAAUAUAGUUGGUUAUACUACAGACAUACUGUCUGUGUCUGAUCCCCUAAUACCUACUUAUUCCUGGGGAGAUAUCCAAAUUGGAUUUAUAUUUUGCAGCCCAAGCAAACUGUCAGAUCUGUCACUGUAAAUCCAUCUCAAAACUUUUUUUUUUUUUUUUUUUUAGGGUGGCACAUUUUUACCUUAAAGGAGGAGUACAGAGGUCUGUUUGGAUUACAGGGCAAGCUGUAAGGCUUUUGUGGAGGAAGGAGUGCUCCUGUUUUGAAGUAGUCAUUGGUUUGUCUUAUUUGUAGUUAUUUUGAGCAAUUGUGUCUAAGGAGUAGCACAAGAAGUUUCAGCACUGGAGGGCCUUUAAUCUAGAACAUGUGAGGGGAAGGUAAAUCUGAAGAUGAGUAGCUUGUCUAUCUAAUACUCGUGAAUACAGGUGGUCACAUACUCCUGACAACCUGCAGAUAAAUUUUAGGAUUGGAAGCCUUGUAAUCUAAACUGCAUGCUGUUCCAGUGACAGGGAGUGGUUCCCUAGAAGAGCUUUUGUGAAAUUGAUGAGUGGGUUUGAUCUCACAAAGGACCCUCCACAAUCUCUCUUGGUUGAGUCUAUUCAACGGACUUACUCAGAUUACUGAUCAUUCAGCAAAAAUUUUAUAUUUAGCCUUUGUAUUCCUCUUUUUAAAACCAAUUCUGAUGUAUCUUGCUACAUUCUGCGUAUUGUCCAGAGUAGUUCUUUUUCUUCUGUGGUGUCAUGAUGGUUUUAAAACUUGUGUAAGAAAACGUUAGGGAAUCCAGAGCCUUCAUCUCAUUGCAGUGGGUGGGAGGUGGGUUGCCAUGCUUCAUGUGACUUUUCUCUGGGGACAAAGAUAAUUUAUCAGAUUUUCCUAUUGAGGUCAGUAGCACUGUUAUCUGGUUAAGCCCUUACUUAGGUUGUAAGCUCCUAGGAGAUAUUUCUUGUCCUGAAAGGCUGAAUGUACCUGUGGCAGUACUGAAGAGUAACUGUGGCAGGUCUUGUCUUGGCAGACCAUACUUCCUACUAUGGCAAAUUUCUGGAAGCAUCAGGAGACUCAAAUUAUUGCAGCUGCCCUGUCUUUCCUAUUUCUACGUUAGAAUCCAUUUACAGGUCAGUUGCAUUCUCAACCAAAUUUGAUUCUCCUGAGGCAAGCUAAAUGAAUCAUGUAUUUUGUUACUCCUGGGUAUUUAUCAAAAUUUAUCUUCAGACUUCAGUAAGUUGAUACAGAUUUUAAUAUCUGCAGCAUUCUUAGAUGAAUAAAAUACGUUCGUGGCUUUGUCUCUUUUAUUCUCUAAGGCAGAUUUCUUAGAACUCACACUCUGCUCACACAGUACUCGCUGUGAAGGAUACUGCUUCCAAUGUGGAUUACUUGAGUAGAAAAGAAUAAUAACAUGUCUAGAUUUGGUAGCUGUGCUUCUACCAAGAUGGUCCAGUAUGUGAUUUUUGCUUUAAAGAUACACAGCUCACUCAUGUUCCACUUCUUGUCAGCCAGGACUCCCCAGUCUUUUUCCGAUUUUGUCUUCUCUCCAAUCGUCUACUCUCCUUGUCCUUAUGGGAGACUUCAGCUUCCCAGAUAUGAACUGGGAAUACCAUACUGCUGUGACAAGCAAGUCUGGGAAAUUCCUGAAGUAUGGUGAAGGUAAUUUUGCAUCACAAGUACUCAGUGAGUCAAGCAGGAAAUAUGCCCACCUAGGCUUGUUAUUUAUGACUAGAGAAGGACUUGAGAGAGAUGGUAGGUGGCAGCCUUGGCCACAGGGAUCAUGAAAUGGGUAAUUUUAAAAUUUUCGAUGUAAUGAGGAAAAUGGUCAGCGGAGUUGCUACCCUGGAUUUCAAGAGAGCUAAUUUUAGGCUACUCAGUGAGAUAGUAGUGUGCUGUUCCAUGAGGGCUGGUCAGUUAUUUAGAAUCACCUUUUAAGAGCACAAGAGCAGGCAAUCCCUUUGUUGAAAGUCAAGCAGUGCAGAAGACCAAUUUAGCAGAACAGGGAACUCCUCUUGGAACUCGGGAAGAAAAAGAAAUUGCAUGAUCUUUGGAAGCAAGGUCAGGCUUCACAGGAGGAUUAUGGAGCUGUGCUUCAUAUAUGCAGGGAGAAAAUACGAAAGACCAAAACUUAAUUAGAGUUGAAACUGGCUGGUGGUGUGUCAGACAAGAAAGGCUUUUUGAAGUCCAAUAACAGCGAGAGAAGGUCUAAGGAAAACAUUGGACCAAUAUGUGUUGAAGAUGAUCACCUGACAAAUCAGGGUGAAGAAAAAGUGGAGGUAUUCAAUGUGAUUUUUUUGCUUCAAUCUCUCAUAAUACUGACAGACUUUGGGCUGCCCAGUCUUCUGAUCUGGAUGACCGUUACUGUGGGAAUAGUGGCUUUCCAUUUGUGUACACUGAGAUUGCAAGGGACCGGUUGAAUGUUUGGAAGUCUAUGAAGACAGAUGGAAUUCAUCCAGAAGCUAGGGGCUGUUAGAGCACAACCCUUCUCAAUCACCUACCUGAGGUUUUGUGAGUCUGAGAAGGUUCCUGUUGACUGGAAGCUAGCUAGUGUUAUUCUAGUUUACAAGAAAGGCACGAAGCAAGACCGAAGAAACUACAGAUCUGUUAGUCUAUCCUCAGUACCUGGAAAAAUUGUGGAGAAGAUCAUACUGGGUGCUACUGAAAGGCAUUUAAAGUCCUUUAAAUCAUAGAAUCAUAGUAUAUCCUGAGUUGCAAGGGACCCACAGGGGUCAUCAAGUCCAGCAAAGGACUGGUGGGUGAUGUGGUGGUUGGUGUCUGUCUUGGGCAUAGUGACCAUGAAAUGUUAAGAGUUUUCAGUACUGGUUGAAAUAAGAGGCACCAGCAGAACUUCCACCUUGGACUUCCAGUGGGCAGACUUUGGCCUGUUUAGGAGAUUGAUUGAUACAGUCAGUCCCUUGGGAGUCAGUCCUGAAGGGCAAAGGAGUCCAGGAAGGCUGAAUGUGCUUCAAAAAGGAAUUGUUAAAUAUUCAGGAGCAUGCUGUCCCCAUGUGUAGAAAGACAAGGCAUUGGGGAAAAAGACUGGCCUGGCUAAACGGAGAACUUAGGCCGGAACUUAGGGGGAAAGAAGAGAAUCUUUGUCUCUGGAAGGAGGGUCAGGUAACUUGAGAGGACUAUAAGGAUGUUGCGAGGUCAUGUGUGGAGAAGAUCAGAAGGGCCAAAGCCCAACUAGAACUUGAUUUGGCCUCUACAGUUAAAGACAACAAAAAAGUAUUUAUAAAUACAUUGGCAACAAAAGGAGGAUCAAGGAGUGUCUCCAUAAUGAAUACAGAGGGUAGUACAAUGACAGGGGAUGAGGAAAAGGCAGAGGUACUUAAUGCCUUCUUUGCCUCAGGCUUUAAUAUCAAGACCAGUUGUCCUCAGGAUACUCAGCCCCAGAGCUGGAAGUUAGGGAUGGGGAGCUGAGUGAAGCCCCUGUAAUCCAAGAGGAGAUGAUUAGUGACCUGCUAUGCCAAUUAGACACUCACAAGUCUACAGGCCCUGAUGGGAUCCUCCCCAGAGUAAUGAGGGAACUGGUGAAAGAACUUGCCAAACCACUCUCAAUCAUCUACCAGGAGUCCUGUCAACUGGAGAAGUUCCAGCUGACUGGAAAUUAGCAAAUGGAACCCCCAUCUGCAAAAAGGAUGAUCUGGGGAACUACAGGCCUGUCAGCCUAACCUCUGGGCAAGGCUGUGGAAGAGAUCAUCCAUCCUAAGUGCCAUUAUACAGCACAUGCAGGACAACCAGGGGGUCAAGCCCAGCCAACAUGGGUUUACAAAAGGAAAGUCCUGCUUGACUAACCUGGUCUCCUGUGACAGUGACCUACUUAGUAGAUGAGGGAAAGGCUGUGAAUACAGUCUAUCUAAACUUCAGUAAAGUGUUUGACACCAUCUCCCACAGCAUCCGUCUAGAAAAACUGUCUCCUUGCAGGUUGGAUAGGUGCAUUCUUUGAUGGGUAAAAAACUGGCUGGAUGGCCAGGCUCGGAGAAUUUUGGCAAAUGGAGCUAAAUCCAGUUGGCAACCAGUUGCUAGCAGUGUUCCCCAGGAACACUGGGGCCCCCCUCCCCAGGGCUCGGUUUUUGGGCCAGUCAUGUUUAACAUCUUUACUCAUUAUCUGGAUGUGGGGGUUGAGUGCACCCCUCAGUGUUCAGGGGAGACCUUGUCACUCUCUACAGCUCCGUGAAAGGAGUUUGUAGUCUCUUCUGCCAUGCCUGUAAUAGUGAGAGGACCAGAGGAAUGGCCUUAAGCUGAAACAGGGGAGAUUUAAAUUAGAUAUUGGAAAAUUUGUUUUCACUGUUAGGGUGGUCAGGCACUGGAAUAAGUUUCCCAAGAAGGUGGUGGAGUCAGCAGCCUUGGAGGUGUUUAAGAGGCAUCUGGAUCUGGCAUGGGGUGAUAUGGUUUAGGGGUUACAGUGGUAGUGCAGGGUUGACAGUUGGACUUGAUGAUCUUAAAGGUCUUGUCCAACCUUGAUGAUUCUAUGAUUCUAUGAACUCCCGGCCUUGCACAGGACAGCCCCAAGAAUCACACCAUGUGAGCGAAAGCAUUGUCCAAACACUUGAACUCUUCAGGCCUGGUGCUGUGACCACUUCCCUGGGGAGCUGUUCCAGUGCCCAACCACAUUCUGGGCUAAGAACCUUUUCUAGUAUCUAACCUAAACCUCCCCUGACACAGCUUCAGGCCAUUCCCUUCGGUCCUGUCACUGGUCACCAGAGAUAAGUGAUCAGUGCCUGCCCCUCCACUUCUCCUCAUGAGGAAGUUGUAGAUGGUGAUGAAGUUCUCCCUUCAGUCUCCUCCAGGCUGAACAAGCCAAGUGACCUCAGCUGCUCCUCAUAUGGCUUCCCCUCUAGGCCCCUCACCAGCUUCGUGGCCCUCCUUUGGAUGGUCUCUAGUAGCUUUAUAUUCUUCUUAUAUUGUGGUACCCAAAACUGCACACAGGACUUAAGGUGAGGCUGCACCAGUGCAGAACAGAGCAGGACAAUCACCUCCUUCGACUGGCUCACAAUGUAAUUUUAAAACAGAGCAAAUAAAAAACAGCAAAUUGGUGAAGGAGCUGGAAGGCAUGUCCUAUGGGAACUGGUGAAGGAAUCUGGAUUUGUCUGGUUUGGAGAAAAGGAGGCUAAGGGGUGACCUCACUGCUCUCUACAGCUUCUCGAGGAGGGGAAGCGGAGAGGGAGAUGCUGAACUCUUCUCCCUGGUAUCUAGUGACAGGACAAAUGGGAAUAGUUCAGAGCUGCAUGAGAGGGAAUUCAGACUUGACAUUAGGAAACACUUCUAUACAGUCAGAUGGUCAAACACUGGAGCAGGCUUCUUGGAGAGAUGGUUGAUACCCCAAGCCUGUUUGUUUAAGAGGCAUUUGGACAAUGCCCUUAUUUUAACAUUUGGUUAGUCAUGAUGUGAUCAGUCAUUUGCACUAGGUAUUCAUUUUAGGUCCCUUCCAGCUGAACUAUUGUAUUUUAUACAUGGACUUUGUGAUGUUUCUGUUUUUUCAUUCCUCCAGUCUGUCAAAGUCCCUCCGGGUGGUACCCCCACCCUCCAGCAUAUCAGUGGCUCCCUUCCCUAACAUGCUGUUUUUUCUGAUCUUUAUGUUCUGUCUUUUUCCACCAGGUCACUAAUGAUCACUGAACAGUAUUGAUCUCAGUAUUGUCUUCUGAGGCAUGCUUUUCAUAACUGGCCAUCAGGCAGAUUUCAAAACAUUGAUCAUUUUUCUUUUAACCUGGCACUUAAGCCAGUUUCUCACUGGUCCGUAGCCCAUAGGUCCCCCAUUUGGCUAUAAGGAUACUGUGAGAGAUUGCAUCAAGAGGCUUACUGAAGUCAUUGUAAACAGCAUUCACUGCCCUCUAUGCAUCCACAGAGUCUGUCAUUUCAUCAUAGAAGGCAGUCAGGUUCAUAGGCUUGAUUUUCCCUCUUUUAAUAUGGCAGCCUGUUCCUAGUUACCUCUUUGUCCUUUAGGUGCCUGAAAUGGCUUUCAGAACUUGCUUCAUAAAGCUGCAAGGGACUGAGGUAGGGAUGACUAGCCUAUCAUUCCACAGAUACUCCUUUGUGUCUUUUUAGAAAGAUGAUGUAUACGUACCCCUUCUUGUCACUGGGGACCUCGUGCAAUUGCCACAUUUUUUCAUAGAGGACAGAGACCCAUGUUAAAAUGACAUGCUUUUAUGUACAGAGAGAAGAUGGACAUUCAGUGAAAAAGAAAUCAAGAGCUGGGAGGGGCACGUUUCUGAGUAGUUCUUUGCAUGUUUCCAGUACUUCCAGUGAGCUCUAGUCAGGCUUAAUACUUAAUUUGGUAGGUACUGGAGAAGUUUAAAUUAAAAGAAUGUAGUUUCUGGCCUGAUGGAUUUGUGAUUUUAAGGUACAAUGAAGAGUGAAGAAGGCAACAAAACAGCAGCUGGAGAGAAACUUGUUAGAGGCUGGGACUAGUGCUACUGAGUGAUAGAUUAGCUUCGUAAUUGUGGUAUGCAGAGGUGUGUCUUGCCAGCAUCAUUCCUGAAUAAUGACAUCGAGUUGGUCAGUGCUGCCCUUCAAACUGUAGAAACUCCUGCGGUUAUUUUGUGGAUGUUGCAGAGAUCCUGAGCAGAGGAUGAGAAGGGAAAUUGGAGGACGGACAACAAGAAAGGUGAUUGAGUGCAUCUUUUAUUGUAACCCCUUCUGUACCGAAGAAGGAAGAUGCUACAAAAAACAGUAUGUGUGCCUGGAUAUUGAAAAGGAAUUAUAUCAAGUGGAUAAGAGCCUUGCUUUGUUGUCUUGAGGAACAGUUUGUUCCUCAACAGUUUGCUUUUGAGUACUUUUCACUGAAGCAAAAGUGAAGGACGCUACCAAUCAUUUGUUCAGAAAAUGUAUUUUAAUAGUCUGUUAGGAGACUGUCAAAGGAGGACAAACUCGGUUCUGUGUGUGAUACUUCAUUACUAUGUCUUUGUCUUCUGUAUUCUGUUCCAGUUUGUGUUUUAUGAUGAGAAAGCUUCCUUUUAUGCCAUCAAAUAUGGGAAAAAUACAGCAAUGCUUCUUAAGGCAUUAAGCAUAAGGAGACUCUUGCUAUGCAGAAGGUAAGACAAGAUUAUCUUAGGCCAUUAACUUUUACCCAGUACAAGGAUUGAACUCAGCACAGAGAACAUAAUGUCUUAAUUAUACCUAAGCAUCUCAUUCUUAAGAAAGUGAACAGUGCCAUAGGCAAGUGCAGGGAGACUAAACUGGUACCAAUGCCUGGAGACGGGCGCAUGGCUGGCCCUCAGCCACGUGAUGUACAAUACAGACUUACGUUGUGGAGACAGAGGGAACCUUCAACAUCCUUCUCAACUUCAGUGUGGGUAGAAUGCCUUCCCAACUGCAAACAUGCCUGUUAGUGUGAGUCCAGUGAGUUGACAGAGAUGUAUUACCUGACGUACUAGGGAAAGAGAAUUCUUAUACCAACUUAAAGGAUUGGUAAAAGUGGGAAAUGGACUGGUAGAGCGUGUUAUGUCAGAGAAAGAUGCAAUAUAUAUAUACUUGCAGACAAUCAGGAAAAUAUUGCUGAGCCCUGCAUGUUAUGACCUAGAGUAUUCAUUGUCUUAAAGCAGAGAUGCCAGUAUUAUGAGGAUGAUCAGGAUUUUGUAAAGCUGCCCUCUUGUCCUUGUAACGUCUGAAGGAAAUGGGAUGAACAGCAUGAAAAAGGCUGUACUGGGUCAGACCAAAGAUCUGUCUGCCUUGGUAGUCUGUCUCUCACAGUGACUGGGUUUGGAUACCUAGGGGGUAUUGUAAGGCUGAAGUAGUUUUAUAAUGAUGCUCUUUUUGGUGUUCUCUUAACCCAGUGUCCAGUCUCAAAAAGAUGUACAAACUUUUUUCAAAGCUGGAGAAAACUUUUGCAAACCUUUUGGCUAUAGUAUUUAUCUUGCAAGUGGAUUUAAUGAUAUUUUUACAAGGACAUGUCCUGACUUUAAAAGCAUCAAGUAAGAAUUAGCUCAUCUUUGUUUGUAAUCAGUUUUCUUAUUAAUUACUCUCUUUAUAAGUAAAUUGCAUCUUUUCUUGGAAUAGUUUUUUCCUGAUAUGAACAUCCUGACAUUGUUUCUUACUCUGCUUUUUUUUUUCUUUUCAGCAAGGUUGAAAAGUCUUGUUCUUUCUUUACAAUUAGGCUUUUUUUGACAUGUAUAACUACCUAUACACACCCAGCAAGUCCUAUGUAAUCCACUAACCCAUAUAAGUAAUUUUUCAUAAGCUUCACACUGAAAACUUGUCAUUUAACCUUUAAUUUUCCUCCUGCAUGAAAAUCCCCAGUAUUUCACAUCCAUAUGCAUUCAGUGCUAGUGUCUACACUUAGAGUAUUCUUUAGAGUUACAGAGUAUAACUGUAAGAGUCACUUAUAGAACUCUUUACAGAGUGUUCUUAUACUGCUGUUCGGGCUUCAUAUGAGUGUCAUGCUAGCCUUUGCUGCCCAAACACUACUGUAACAUUACCAUAGAAGGUGAUAUUCAGUCAGUUGACUCUGAACCUAAAGUUCUCACCACUACUUUUCAAUGCACAAGAUCCUAGAAAGUAAGAAUUUUUUUUUUGUUCCAAAAUCUAUCGCAUCAUUAAUUAUUGUCUGUGUGAUAGAAAGUGUUCUAUGGAAAUGGAAAUGCUAGGCAAUUUCUUGUCUUGUGUAGAUGGGCAUAAAAAUGAACUUGAAGCUAAAGCCUAGAUUGGUGCAUGUGAGACUUCAUUGCUGAAGGCAUUUCUAAGAGGACCAUGAACUGAGACUGAUCUGGACUGACCAGAGACGCAGUGCACUGCUGAAACCAUUGAAUUUUCUCUCAAGUUUUGGCAACACCAGACAGGCGAAGCUACCAUCAGUUGCAUUUUAGCUUCCUCCUUCUGUCACAGAGGGCUUACCUAGAGAUAAUUCACAAACAAGUCUACACAAGAUCUGUAAAGAGCAGCCUUGUGCAUGUCCCAAAUAUUUUAUGGGUCAUAAAAUUUAACUGUUUGUUAGGGAUUGGACUCUGGGUUCUUAGGACUCUCUUUUAGGGGUAACAUGUAAAUAAGAAAGAUUCUUCUGUCUUAAAACAUGAUGCGUGUUCUCUGAAUGAGGUUCUUGCGGAAUCUCUCUUCUGAUUAUAGAAACUGGAAAUAAAUCAAUAUACGAAAGAAUUGUUUUAUCUGAUAUAAAGCAAACUGAGUUGAGAGUGGUGGAAGAGAGAUUUCACUGACAUCUAACUAGAUUUACAGUAUUGGAAUGUCCAUUAAUCUGCAUGCUUCCUUGACCAUUUCAUUAAGUAUAACCUGUAACCUGAAAGUCUGCAGGGAGUUACUGUGCUUUUCUUCCUUUGAAUUGCAAACGUGAGUGAAUUUGAGGUAAUUUAUCAUGUCCAUUCUUUGGAGUUGUUAUGUAAUGAUUUUGUUUCCCAGUUUGUCAGGAUAUUGUCUCUAGACAAGUGAGAUGCUCCCUGUUCGGAAUCUGAAACAAUUUCAGAGUUUAAGUAGCCUCUCACUUCCAAGUCACUCCUUCGGAUCUGCCCAGUCCCACAGGGGAUUUCAUUUAAAUGAGCAGGUCAGUUUCAAUUGAUAGUUUAAUAGAUAUCUGUUCAUUUUGCCAGCACUGACAUCCUUUUAAGAUAGAUUGGCAUCAUUCUUUUUAUUAUGAUAACAGUGACUUCAAAGAUCAAAUGAGCACUGGACUUUGAAUUUUCUUUUGCCCAUGUUCGUGAACCAGUAUUGGUAGCUAUGCACAUUGUGGAAACAACAAGACAGGAAUCCCUCUAUGUUAACUGUUCCAAUGAAUAAAUUGUAAAAAAUUAGAACCCCAGUGAAUAAUUUGGUAACAGGGAUGACUGUGAUAGCCUUUUGAUGUUUUUCAGACUGUGCUUGCUUCAUGCUUUUCCAGCUCAGAAAUAUCAACUGAACCUACAAAUGAAUACAAGCAGGCUUGCUGUGUAUUAAUGGAGAAUUUCUCACAUCUAAACAAAGGGUAUUUCAAAUCUGGGGGUACAAAUUUUGUUCUCUACUGAAGUCAAGCAAUUUUCCAGUGAGGACAGAUGCUUAGUAAUAGGUUUUUAAUGGAACAUAGUACAGAGUUUCAAAAUGGUAAAUGAUAUUAAUGUAAUUCUUUUCUAGUAGUGGAUUCAGAGGGAGGUAUCUAAAGAUGAGAACAUGAGCAGAUCUUAGUCAGAAGUUGCUGCCAUUAGGCAGAUAUAGCACACAGAUUUUGCAAAACACACUUGUAAAAUUGUACUUAGAGAUUGGAGAAUUGUACCUAAAGAUUGGAGAAAUCUUCCUCUGAGAAGUGUUGUAGUUCAGACUGCCUGCAGGUACAGUGAUGGCCGACCAGUGAUUCUGAUAAACUAAUGCCAGCACUGACACUCCUGUUUUCCUAGUAAUUUUGACACCAGCAUCCUGAGACGUUCACCGAUGUUGUCUUAGGACUCUUCUUCAUUCUGCUUCACCACAUAAUUCGCAAGUGUUUGGACUCACCUAGGCAUCCUCCAUGGGGAAACAUGCAGUCCCAUUUUAAGAAGCCAUACGCUCUUAUUGCUGAGUGUUGUAUGGUGAGUGAAAGAAGUCCUGUGUUUUCUUUCUUAGCUGUCCAAUGAGCAGCAAGGGGAGCUUUUGGGAACCCUUUAUCCCAUGCUGGUCCUUUCAGAUACUGUGGAGACAGAAAGGUAUGGGAGUGAGGAGUGCAGGGUUUAAUUCCCAGGUGGGGAGAAGGGACCAUGAAGUCUGGCCAUUGUCCUGCACUCAAGUGGUGCUGAGGCUACCACAGGGCUACCUGAGGCAGGUAGCAUUUCAAACUCUUCUCACCACAGUGACAGGCUAAAUGACUCUAAACCAUGGGCUUCAUGUUUAUACAUACUUAUUUAGACAUUUAAACAAGUACCUUCUUCAGCACCACCACCCCCCCAAAUAACAAAACAAAGUUGAGCUCUGUUGACAAGGCUGCAAUUCAAGUGGCCCAAACUCCUGUAAUCAGUGCCCUCAUGCACGUACAGUACAAUGCAGUCAAGCACUUGCAUGAUUUGUUGUUGGAUUUGAGGGUUGUGUGUCUUGGCCUGUCUGUCCUCCAUCCCCCGCUUUCACACCAAGUUCCCGCCUUAGUGUAGGACAGUUGAGGUCUCUGAGUGUACAGCUACUGGCUUUGAUUGUUUUUUUCCCUCCUCAUUUAGACUGACUUCAAGCUUUAUUUACUGCACAGCAUCCAGACUCCACUCUGAAGAGGGAAGAAGUAAUCUCCUUGUUAGUGUCUUCAGGGUACCUCCUGCUAUAGCAACUUAGAAUGUUAAUGAAUUUAUGUGCUGAGCAUUUAGAUGUUAUUGUAUAAAUAAGGAGUUUAAGUCAGAAGGACUGAGGCAAAAACCAGGCGUUAUCUCUAAGACGAGAUACCCAGGCACUGGCAAUUUGGAGUGGCUUACUUUGUAGCCUUUUGUAGGUUCAAAUCACAUUUCCUACUAAGUUCCAUAGCAGCUAUGAGUGCUCAGGGCUUCUGCAAAUCCAGCCACAAUUAGUGAUAAGGUGUGGACCGCUGUCCUCAUUGCUGAAGUCUCUCUCUGGCUUCUCAGCUAAGAGAGAGAUGGCAGCAGGCAGGCGUCUCCCCAGGGCUGGUGGUCAGUUGUUUUCAUUGUAAGAAUUCGACUGUUUCCAGCUUUCUCUUUUCUGUCUUUGGGUCUGACUCAUUUGCUGCUAAUCUCCUUCAAUUCUUGGCCCUCACCUCUCUAGAGAUGUGUGUUCUGUGCUCUGUAUGAAGCUAGAUUCUCAAAAUAAUAAAUUGUGUGAUCAUUUGAUUUGGCAUUAUUGUAAAGUGUAUGUACCGAGGGGCAACUUAGGAUGACAGUUCUUUUCUUCCCUUUUGAGUAUUUUUAUCUGUAACCAGAUAUAUAUAUGCCUGUAUAUAUAUAUUAUUUAUUUUUGAGCUAAGAUUUUUUGGUAUGUAUUCACUUUGUAUUGGGGCUUCCUUAUAAAGGUAUUUUAGUUUCCCCAAAAAUGCCUUGUCUUUGGAAAUACUAUGAUUUCUGGAUGGACUUAAGGGAAUUGAAAGAGCAGCCCAAAUCCAUGGUAUUGCAGAGAAUCUGCCAUGAAAUAACUUGUCUACUAUAACUUGAGAAAGAGCAAUAGGUAGGUGAAAACUUGCUAUUGAGCAGUCACACUUUAUAUACUUCUACCUGAACAUAAUAGGAUGACAUGAAUAUUAACUCGUGUCUUGCAGUGAUAUUCAAGUGUUGUCCUCUUGAUUCUUUUCUCUAAACUCCAAAGUAAUGAUUGUCCAGUGAAGAAAACCUGGCUGUUGUUAAACAAGUGAUAGGCUGCCUGUUAAUGCCCAAUUCAGCAAAGUUUUAAAAUAUCAGAAAUCUUAGUGUAUAUUUUGGGAAAAAUGCCCUCAGGACAGAGACCUCCUCUUUGGAACCAGGAUCAAUCAUCUGACUGAGCUGUGUUGCAAAGAAGGAGAAACAUACAAAGGAAAAAAUACUAACUUUUGUCUUUAAUAUCCUGUGUUUUGUUCUGUUCUCCAUGGACUGUCAGGUCUAGAUCUUCUAGAGAAACUAGUGCAUCCUUUUAAAAAAAACAACAAACACAAACAACCUCCCUCUCCAAUUUUUUUAUAGUGGUCAUUUGUCAGAUGUGGGUUGGCAGGCUCUGUUUUCAGCUAAAUACCCAUUUUCUGAUGUAAACAGAUACCAUUAUCCUGAAACAUGAAAAUCAGAAUGUUUGGAUUUCUAUUAAUACCAUUUUGGGAUUGGACAGGUAGCUGCAAUUUUAGUUUUCUUAAUCUUGCAAUAAAGUACUGUGGACCACAUAAUUCCUUGCUCACACAUUGCAUCUCACACCUAUGCUAAAUGGGCAUUUUCUGAGCAAAGUGCAUUGUUUGCUCAACAAAAACAUAAAAGAUGGCAGAUGGCACAUGGUAUGUUAUAUACACCUUAUCUUUUCUCUGCUAAUCGCUGUGGAUAAAGUGAUGAUUGUGCACUACCCUGUGACUCAGAAACAACUUUGCUGAAAACCAUAAAUUUUUUUUCAGGUAAGCUACAUCCCACCUGUAUAUGUACUUAAAUGUAAUUAUGUAUUUGUUCCUGGGAAGAACCCAGAUGCUUGUCACAGAUAGCUAGCAACUGGAAGCACCAGAACUGGUGUAUUCAGAAUGUGACUACUCUGUCAUUCUGCAAGUACCUUGAGUGUUUAGGAUAUGGAUGAGUACAACUUCUACUGCUUGUCACUGAACUACUGCUGGUAAUUGAAAAUUGGAAUACAGUGUUCCCUGGAGACUUUGUCAUGGAGCUCAAGAGGUUAAUAUGUACUUAUGUGAUGAUACUAUAAUUUUAUAUGCAUCUGCAGAUACUGCUAAUAGACAUUAAAGUGGGCAUUUACAUCCUUA